AUGACACAAGAGCGCCCUGCCACAGGCUCAGGGGCGCAUGGGGGGCUCGCGUCGGGCUCGGACGCCGAGAAAAACGCGAGAAUCGACGCCUCAGGCAGAAACACAACAUCCCCAAAGCCGCGCAGCUGUGUAGUAUGCCGAAGCCGGAAAGUCCGCUGCGACAAGCGAGCGCCUUGCUCUAAUUGCCGACGCGCAAAUAUCGCAUGUGUGCUUCCACCGACAGAUCGACCACCAAGAUGGGCUCGCCAUCUCGACCGCCUCAACAACGCGGUAUCCAAACUACAGGCCUCCCAGGAACCUGAACCAGUAGCGGAAGACCUGAUGGAGAAACUUCACAACCUUGAAGGACUUGUUCAAGAGCUACGCAUGCAAUUGCAACAGGCCAAAUCGGUAGCUAACUCUGCCGCUGAAGGGUCAUCCGGAGUCGGUUCGCCUGAAAGCUCCGCGCAUGAUCGACAGUCGAAUCCAUCUUCCAUUAGUACUACCAAUUUGCAAAAUAAGUUUGGGAGACUGGUGCUUCAGGAUUCCAGCCGAAGCCGCUAUGUUAGCAGUGGUUUUUGGUCUCGGGUCAAUGACGAACUUGAUGGCCUCAGGGCCGACGUUAGUGGUCUUCCACUUGGAGAAUCCGAUACCUCGGCCGAUGAGGCAUCGCCAGAGAUGACCCCUUUCACACAAGAGCUUGAACGGACCCCCUCAGAGCGUCACGGAUUCUUAUUUGGGCACAAUUUGGGUCGUUUUUCUUCUAACCUAACCGAACUUCAUCCGCUACCCUCUCAGAUUCCAUUUAUUCUAGACGUGUUCUCCGAAAACGUGAAUGUCAUCUUUCAAAUCGUGCAUCUCCCCACUGUUAAGAACAUGGUUCGCGAUUGGCGCGGCCGUGACAUGAAGGGACUCACACCGGCCAAUGAAGCUUUGAUGUUCUCUAUCUACUACGCUGCCAUUACUUCGAUGGAAGAAGAAGAUAUAAUGCUGAAUUUCGGAGCAAGCAAAGCCGAGCUCAAUCUCAAAUAUCGUCAUGGCCUCGAACAUGCUCUUGCAAGAGCCGAUUUUUUGAAUGUACCAGACUUCGUUCUCGUGCAGGCAUUUGCGAUCUUUCUUAGUCUUUCCCGCCGACAUGAUAGUCCGAGGUUUGUGUGGAUGAUGACAGGACUGUUAAUCCGAAUGGGUCAAGCUCUGGGGCUACAUCGUGAUGGAACACAUUUCGAUUAUCUCAGCCCAUAUGAGAUUGAGAUGCGGCGAAGGGUCUGGUGGGUCAUGUGCAUGUUGGAUGCGAGAGCAUCCGAGGACCAAGGAACCGAUUACACAAUCACAAGAGCGUGCUUCGAUACUAAAUUACCUCUCAAUCUCAAUGAUGCGGACCUCGACCCUGAAUCAAAGCAAACGCCUCAAGCUCACGUUGGUCUGACUGAUAUGUCCAUUGCGCGUGUCUCCAUGUGCAUGUGUGAGACCACGCGGAAGAUGUUGGUUCAUGAUUUCAAAGACGGAACACCGACUAUAGAAGAGCAAAGUAGCUUGUUGCAACAGCUAUGGCAAGUUUUUCAACGAGACUUUCUUCAAUACUCAACCGAAUCAGGGAACAUUACACACUGGGUGAUAGUUAGAGUCGUUCGGCUUGUCAUGGCCAAGAUGACUUUGCUUAUGUACCUGCCUCUGUUGUUCUCCUCCCCGAAUGAAGACUUCUCAGAGGAGCUGAGGACAAAACUAUUGGUCGCCAGUAUCGAGGUCGCCGAGUACAACCAUGCUCUAAGCAGUGAGCAAGCAUGUAGGCACUGGCGCUGGGUUUUCCAGACCUACACCCAUUGGUACUCGAUUGUCUACAUGAUGCUAGAGAUCUCUCGACGCCCGUGGUCGCCUCUUUCUGAACGGGCCUGGGUAGCUCUUCAUAGCCCCUGGUUAAUACCGAACCAAUCACACAUGGAGAGGAAUCUACGAGUAUGGAUUCCACUCCGAAAGCUCAUGAUCAAAGCCAGAGAUUAUCGUGUUAUGGAGUUCAGCCGGCUGAGAAAUGACUCUCAAGCUGCCCAACAGCUGGAGCAGACUUAUUGCAUUGCGCCAGUGCCGUCCAGCACUGGGCCAUUUCCAUCUGGUUCAGAUUCUGUAGACCUCUUCCUUCGCCAAUGGCGCCAGCUGGUGGCAUACCCAGAUAGAACAAAACACGACACCAUCGCACACGGGCUUACCAUCACCAAUUCGUCGAAUCCACCGAUGCAAAUUGCAAAUACAAUGCAGUCAAGUGCGCAUCUUGUUCCCAAUUCAUCCCACACACCAUUCUACUCAGAUUUCACUGCUGAGCCAGGCUAUGUUGCUGCAGGGGAACGGCAAUCCGGAUACGAUAUGUCAAGCAUUGAAUCUAUAAACUUUGGUUCAGCCAUGGUCCAUAAUUCAGGAAUCGGAUUUGAUCCAGACCCUGCCGCAUCAUCACACUUCUCAAUGGCACCGGGAGCCCAAUUAGACGAUCAACUUGUCAUACCAGCCGUCGUACCUUGGCUAUGGUCUGAAGAGGCAAUGUCAGCUAAUUCCACUGGCACUGAAGACCAAGCCGAUAACAGCAUGGGCAUGGACGAGGAGGUGAAUUGGUACAAUUGGGCCGCGUCUGCGAAGGAUCUCGAGUGCGACAGGGGAAACUAUAACACUGUACCAUGCUAG